AUGGUUAAUCUAUUUCAGAUUAACCAAGUUACUCAUGAUCAAGCUAUGGUGCUGCAAAAUGCUCUUCAAAGAAUUCCUAAUCCUUCAUCUGAGUGCGAGCUAAGAAAUAUAUCGAUACGUCUUGCUCAGGAAAUAUCUGGUGAGGCCUCAAGAUACAUACCUGAUAUUUGUGUGAUUAAAGCUAUACAACAAAUUGUCUGGGCAUCAGGAUGUGGAGCAUUAGAGCUUCUAUUUAGCCCAAAUGAAGAAAUCACUAAAAUUUAUGAGAUGAUGACUAAUGGAAGCCAUGAACCAGAGAUGGAAGAUGAACAGGUUUGCUGUGAGGCCUUGGAAGUGAUGACAUUAUGUAUUGCUUUAAUUCCAACAGCCUUGGAUAUACUUAAUAAAGAGAUAGCUUGGCAGACAUUCAUCAUUGAUUUAUUAUUGCAGUGUCCCAGCAAAAUUGUCCGUCAGUUGGCACAAGAGCAGUUCUUUUUAAUGUGUACCAGAUGUUGCAUGGGACACAGGCCUCUGCUUUUCUUCAUUAGUCUACUCUUUACCGUUUUAGGGAGCACAGCAAGAGAGAGAGGUAAAUAUUCAGGUGACUAUUUCACACUCUUACGACAUCUUCUCAGUUAUGCUUACAACAGCAAUAUUAAUGUACCCAAUGCUGACGUUCUUCUCAACAAUGAAAUUGAUUGGCUCAAAAGAAUUAGGGAUAAUGUUAAAAACAUGGGUGAAACAUUUGUAGAAGAACCAAUUUUGGAAGGCCACCUUGGAGUAACAAAAGAGUUACUGGCCUUUCAAACUCCUGAGAAAAAAUACCAUGUUGGUUGUGAAAAAGGAGGUGCUUAUCUUGUUAGAGAAUUAAUUGAUGAUUUCAUCUUUCCUGCAUCCAAAGCUUACCUGCAGUAUAUGAAAAAUGGAGAACUGCCAGCCACACUGGCUGUUCCAGUCUGUAGUUCACCAGCUACCAUCAGUGCUGGUUUUGAGCUACUUGUAGCUUUAGCCAUUGGCUGCGUACAAAACCUCAAACAAAUAGUAGAUUGUUUGACUGAAAUGUAUUACACAGGCACAGCAGUAACUACUUUUGAAGGACUUACUGAGUGGGAAUAUCUGCCACCUGUUGCACCCCGGCCACCAAAAGGAUUUGUGGGACUAAAAAAUGCUGGUGCCACUUGUUACAUGAAUUCUGUCAUCCAACAGCUAUAUAUGAUUCCUUCCAUCAGGAACAGUAUUCUUGCAGUUGAAGGGACAGGUAGUGAUAUAGAUGAGAAUAUGUUCGAGGAUGAGAAGCAGGAUGGUGAGUGUAAUGUUGACCGCAGAGAUGAUGUAUUUGGAUCCCAUCAAUUUGAAGACAAACCACCAUUAAAUAAGACAGAAGAUAGGAAAGAAUACAAUAUUGGUGUCUUAAGACACCUUCAACUCAUCUUUGGCCAUUUAGCUGCUUCCCAAAUACAAUACUAUGUGCCCAGAGGAUUUUGGAAGCACUUCAGGCUUUGGGGUGAACCUGUAAAUCUCCGUGAGCAACAUGAUGCCUUAGAGUUUUUCAAUUCUUUGGUGAACAGUUUAGAUGAGGCUUUAAAAGCUUUAGGACAUCCACCAAUGAUAAGUAAAGUCCUAGGAGGUUCCUUUGCAGAUCAGAAGAUUUGCCAAGGCUGCCCACAUAGGUAUGAGUGUGAAGAAUCUUUUACUACUUUAAAUGUAGAAAUUAGAAAUCACCAAAAUCUUGUUGAUUCUUUGGAACAGUAUAUCAAAGGAGAUUUACUUGAAGGUGAAAAUGCAUAUCAUUGUGAAAAAUGUGAUAAAAAGGUAUGCAGUGAAUAUUUUUCAGAAUGGCAUGACCAGUUAUUGCCUGAAGCAGAAGAAAUUACUAUGAUCAGCAUUCAGCUUGCUGCCAGAUUCCUCUUUACCACUGGAUUUCACACCAAGAAAAUAGUCCGUGGACCUGCCAGUGACUGGUAUGAUGCACUAUGCAUUCUUCUUCGUCACAGCAAGAAUGUACGCUUUUGGUUUGCUCAUAAUGUCCUUUUUAAUGUAUCCAAUCGCUUCUCUGAAUACCUUCUGGAAUGCCCUAGUGCAGAAGUGAGGAGUGCAUUUGCAAAACUUAUAGUAUCUAUUGCACACUUUUCCUUGCAAGAUGGUUCUUGCCCUUCACCUUUUGCAUCUCCAGGACCAUGUAAUCAGAUGGGUGAUAACUUGAGCUUGAGUGAUCAUUUACUAAAAACAGUAUUAAAUCUCCUAAGGGAAGUUUCAGAACAUGGGCAUCAUUUACAACAGUAUUUCAAUUUGUUUUUAAUGUAUGCCAAUUUAGGCAUGGAAGAAAAGACACAACUUCUGAAAUUGAAUGUACCUGCUACCUUUAUGCUUGUAUCUUUAGGUGAAGGAUCGGGUGUUCCAAUCAAAUACCAGUAUGCUGAAUUAGGCAAAUUAUACACAGUAGUAUCUCAGUUGAUCCGCUGUUGUAGUGUCUCAUCAAGAAUGCAAUCCUCAAUUAGUGGUAAUCCCCCUCUUCCCAAUCCUUUUGGUGACCCUAAUUUAUCACAGCCUAUAAUGCCUGUCCAGCAAAAUGUGGCAGAUAUUUUGUUUGUGAACACUAGUUAUGUGAAGAAAGUUAUUGAAGACAGCAGUAAUUCAAAAGAGACCAUCAAGUUACUUCGAUUCUGCUGCUGGGAGAAUCCACAGUUCUCAUCUACUGUCCUGAGUGAACUUCUCUGGCAGGUUGCAUCUUCAUACACCUCUGAGCUCCGGCCAUACUUGGAUCUCCUUUUGCAAAUUUUACUGAUUGAGGACUCCUGGCAGACUCAUAGAAUUCAUAAUGCUCUUAAAGGAAUUCCAGAUGACCAAGAUGGACUUUUUGAUACAAUUCAACACUCUAAGAAUCACUAUCCAAAAAGAGCGUAUCAGUGUAUAAAAUGUGUGGUUGCUCUUUUUAACAAUUGUCCUGUUGCUUACCAAAUUUUACAGGGUAAUGAAGAUCUUAAAAGAAAAUGGAUAUGGGCAGUGGAAUGGCUUGGAGAUGAACUUGAAAGUCACCCAUAUACUGGCAGUCAUCAGUAUACUUACAACAACUGGUCUCCUCCAGUACAAAGCAAUGAAACAUCAAAUGGUUAUUUCUUAAAAAGAUCACAUAGUGCUGGGAUGACACUUGCAAAAGCUUGUGAGCUCUGUCUAGAAGAGUGGGGAUCGAACUCAGGGCCUCACUCCUGCCAGGAGCCAGAUGACCAAGAUGUUCCAGAUGAGCAAGAGCCCUCUCCACUAGAAGAUGCAUCAUUGUAUCAUUCACCUGGAACUCAGAGUCAACAGAAUAACCAUGUACAUGGACAUCCGUAUACAGGGCCAGCGGCACAUCACUUGAACAAUCCUCAACAAAGUGGCCAACAAGUACAGGAAAAUUAUGAAGGCAGUGAAGAAGUAGCUUCAUCUGAAGUAAAAGAUCAUUGAACGUAAUUAACUUUUUAAGAGCAUUCAUUCAGCAUUCUGUGCCUAGUUAAUAUUUAAGACUAGAAAAACUGUUACAAAGCAAUUUGGAGUGGAGAAUGUAUUCACUAUCUACAUUACAGAAAUUUGCUUUCAGUAAAUCUACCUGCAACAGAAAAUGUAUAGAAUUUUGUAAUAAAUUUCUGAUAAUAAUAUGUAAAUGGGAGAGAUGUACAUAUUGUUUCACUGUUCUUAAGCAAGAAACUUUUUGAAAAUUCAGAAAUCUAUAAAAACAUUAGUUACUUUUCAUAAUAACAUUUUGUGUAUUCCAUCUUGUUGUCUGCUUUCCAUCAGGUAGAUCAACUCCCUUAUUCAAAACAGACAAAUAAAAAGGAAUAUUAGAGAAUCUAUCCAUGUCAAGCACAUCAGUAGUUUCCUGUUCAUUCUUUGGUAUUGGAUAUAUAAAAGUGAUAGGUGACCUUUGAACUACAUGGUUGAUGUCAAAAUUGAUGAUAUAAUAUGUUUUUUACCUUUUAUUCUGUUAUUUGGUUAAUCACUUCAAAGCUGUGCGUAGUAGAGCAUUUAACAUGGCUUCACACCCGGUUUCUAUUGCCACAGAGAUUGAGCUACCUGAAUAACAGCAGUAUACAAAAUUGACUGUCUUGCUCAAAGCUUUUAUUCCUUGUUCCUACAAUAUGUAUAAAAUGGAGAGAAAUAAUGACAAGCUGUUUGUGGUUGCACAUUUUAAGUUUGACAUGUUCCUCAUGUUUUUUUUGCGGGGGAGGGUUUGUUUUGUUUUGUUUGGGUACCAGGGAUUGAACUCUGGUUCUUGCGCUUUUGAGGCAUGCAGCAGAACCACUGAGCUAAAUCCCAUGUUCUUCAUGUUUAAUGUUUGAUAAUUCCAUCUUGAUGCAGUGAAGACUGUUAAAAUACUAGUAUUGGGAAUUUUAAAAUAUUAAAACAUGCAAAUUUUACCUAUGGCAGCAUACACAGAGCAUAAGACAAAAAGCUAUUUGUGUUUUUUUUGUUGGUUUUUUUUUUUAAUUUUUUUAAUUGAUGCUUCUGAAACUUUUCUGAAUUCCAGUUAAAUGGAUAUCAUCACAAUCCAUAAUCUGAAACAGCAUGUUGAAAUACUUGCCUACUGGCUCAAUUUUUUAGAGUUUUCCCUGAAAGCAAGAAUUGCCCUAAUUCUUUUUCCAUUUCACAAUUCUUAUUGUUUAGAUUUAAUUUCAGACAUAACUUGAAAAGAAGCUGCCAAGUUUAAAGUAAUUCUGAAGUACCAUUUUAGAGUAAGCAUUUGUUUAAAGAUUUCGAGAAACUCCUAACUAAUACUACAUUCAAAAGAGAAUUGGUAGUUUUUGAAUGUAUGCAAUAUUUUGGAAGCUGUGUCAAAAAAUAUAUAUAUUCCUGCAAGCAGGUACACCUUGUCCUACUCUUUAAAUAUUGCACUUUUUGUUUUACAGAAAUUGUUUUUGCUGAAUUAAAUACAAUUUAAGAAGAUACUUUGUCCUGUGCUUUGUGUGUUUUUUGUUCAUUUGUUUGUUUGUUUGUUUGGGUACCAAAUAUCAAAUUUAGGAACUUGCCACUUCCAAGGAAUGCAGCAGAAGUACUGAACCCCUGGCCCCUGUGGUGUAUUUUUGUUCUUUAUUGUGUUGUAUUCUGUUGUUGUUUUGUUGUUGUUGCCCUAAACUCAUUGUAUAACUCAGACUGACCUCGAACUCUCAGCAAUCCUCCUGGCUCUGCCCUCUGAGUGCUGGGAUUACAGGCUUGAGCCACAAUGCCCAGCUCAUAUGUUGUAUUCUUACAGAACAUAUAGUCAGUCUUGUUAAUAGUAAGUAUAUUCUGUGGAGUCAACACAAACAUCAAAUUAAAUACCAAAUUAUAAACUUCAUGUUCCCGUUGUCUAACACUGUGUAACCUGUAACAUGAUAUAUAUCUAUUUGAUGUAGUUUCUCUCCCUGGUAUUGGAUAUUGUGGGCCACAGAGUAUGUAUUUGGAAAUGCAAAUUAUUAAAUUAUUG